AUGGCAAGUAGUGAGGGUCAAGAAACACAUGUUCUAUUGGUAUCACUACCAUUCCAAGGUCACAUCAAUCCAAUGCUCAAAUUCGCCAAACAUCUCUCACGACCGAACCUCCUCUUUACUCUCGCCACCACUGAGCAAGCCCGUGACCUCGUCUCUGCGGCCACCGCCUCCAUCGAGGAACUCCAUAACCCGGUGGACCUAGCUUUCUUCUCCGACGGUCUACCUAAAGACGACCCAAGAGCCCCUUCAACUCUCAUAGAGUCAUUGAGGAAAGUGGGAGCCACGAACUUGUCUAAACUCAUCGAAGGAAAGAGAUUUUCUUGCAUCAUCUCUGUACCUUUUGCUCCAUGGGUUCCAGCUGUUGCAUCAGCUCAUAACAUCCCUUGUGCCAUCCUCUGGACCCAAGCUUGUGCGGUUUUCUCGAUUUAUUACCGUUACUACAUGAAGACAAACUCUUUCCCCGAUCUCGAAGACUUGAACCAAACAGUGCAACUACCAGCUUUACCAUUAUUGGAAGUCCGAGAUCUCCCUUCGUUCUCUUACCUUGUUACGGAAAUACUCGAAUCGAGGUCGGAUUUAAAACCUAUUAUUCCAAUCGGUCCUCUGGUUUCUCCUUUCUUGUUGGGAGCUAACGAAGACGAAACCCUAUCGGACAAGUAUUGUAUGGAAUGGCUUGACAAGCAAGCUAGGUCAUCGGUUGUUUACAUAUCUUUCGGAAGUCUAAUCAAAUCAUCGCAGAAUCAAGUCGAGAGUAUAGCCACGGCUCUAAGAAACAGAGGAGUUUCAUUUCUUUGGGUGAUUUGGCCUAAAGAGAGAAGCGAAAACGUCGACGUUUUGCAGGAGAUGGUCAAAGAAGGACAAGGGUUUGUCAUUGAGUGGGGUCCACAAGAGAGGAUACUGAGCCACGUGGCGAUCUCUUGUUUCGUCACGCACUGUGGUUGGAACUCGACGAUGGAGACGGUGGUGGCUGGUGUUCCGGUCGUGGCGUAUCCGAGUUGGAUUGAUCAGCCGGUCAAUGCGAGAUUGCUUGUGGAUGUUUUCGGAAUCGGAGUUAGGAUGAUGAACGACGCCGGAGACGGCGAGCUUAAGGUCGCAGAGGUCGAGAAAUGCAUUGAGGCCGUGACGGAGGGAUCCACCGCCGCGGAUAUGAGGAGGAGAGCGACGGAGCUGAAACAUACAGCGAUAUCGGCGAUGGCUCCUGGUGGUUCAUCGGCUCGGAAUCUGGACUCGUUCAUCGGCGAUAUCACAACAAUCACCUGA